ACCUAAGACACAUAAAAUUUCACAUUACAUUUCCCACAAAAUUAAUUUUCUGACUAAACACUAUUUGUCAUCUAAACAAGAUUAAUAAAUCCUAAUUAUUCUUGCUAUACAUUUGUCGAAAACCAAUGGUGAAGGUUAAACAAGGUUGUUGUUGCACUUCCUUCAUCAUCUUAACCAUAAUCGGGUUAUGUAUUUGGUUUGCCAUUAGGCCUAGAAUUCCCAUUUGCACUAUUGAAGAAUUUACAGUUUUUAACAUCCAACAAACCGUGAAUUCCACCUAUAACAACACUAUCUAUUACGAUCUCAAGGUGAAAAACAGGAAUACUGACGAUGUUGGAAUUUACUACGAUACCCUCAACGUCACCUUCUAUUACAAACGUAACAUCGAUAGUUUCCCCGUUGAAAUUGGAGAUGCCACUUUUAGCCCUUUCUACCUACGUCGGUCUAGGAGCACCCACCGUGUCGGAAGUAUUGGCUCUAUAGGGAUAAACUGGGAACGUGAGACUACGCCCCGGUUGCCACCGGUGAUGUUCAGGGUGGAGUUGCUAACAACGUUGAGGUAUAGGAAGCCAUUUUGGAAGUCAAAACGAUACCAUUUAUUGGUUGGAGCUGACUUGAAAGUCAAUGGUAAGGGUGUUUUGGUAAACAGAGGAGUUAAACUUAGGUCUAAAGCUGGAAGGAAUAAUAUGAUUAGUUUUUGGUGGGUGGCUAUGUUGGGUAUUUUGAUCUUCAUGCUUUCUUGGUAGAUUGAACUUACUAUGUUAGUGGAAAGUCGACUCUAAUAGCAUACAGAGUAUUGCUAUGUAGAUAUGAUUAUCAGAUCGAGCUCGCUGAUACAAAUCCUUAGGUGCACAUGGAUGCAUGAAAUGGAGUUUUUAUCUUGUGAACACUUUCACAUGCAAAAAUAUAUGUGAUAGAAAAUAUGAGUAGGUGCACCUAGAGUUAGAUGAUCUACCAAAUUGUAAAGGUCAACAUUAUUGUAAAAGUCAUAUUUAUUUCCUCCCUUUGUAGUGUUUUUGUUGUCAUAUCCAAUUUUUUAAAAUUUCACCUAUUGUUUUUGUUGUGUACGUAGUAUUUAGCUCAAUUUCUUUUCGAAGUUCUUCAAUAUUACGUCGUAUGAUACAUGAAGAUUAUACGGAGUAAUUAGUUUGUUAGAUUGUUCUCCUAA